CGAAUCGUCGACGAACCCGCGAAUCAGCCAGCGCUGUCGCCCUUCACCCACCAAACCGACUCCUCGAGCCUCUGAAAAGAUUGCCCUGCGGCAUUCUACAGCGACUGACGGGCUGUACUCCGCCGAUUUCCCGCCGCCAAUUCCGCCUGCUCCCUACCAAUCUCCCUCAUCACCACCUCUAUCAUUUUGUCCCAAGAAUAGCGUUUUGCUGCUGUGUACGCCUAACUACCAAACCUACUCUGCAGUGCUACUUCUCGCCUUCGCUCUAUCCGCCUCCCGAUCGACGCGAGCCUCGAGGGCAAGACGUGUUCUCACUCUUCCGCCCUGGCCCUGUCGUUCCCCUCCCCCGUCAUCCGAUCCCCCACAGGCGCUCUUACUUUUCGGCCGGCGAGUCGACCAAGGCGCUUGGUGAUAUAGCAACAUGCCAUCCAACUCCAAACGUUCGAUGGCACCGCCAACCAAUGUAUCGAAGCAGAUCUCUGCGACUAGCACAUCUAAGAAAGCUCCGACCAAGCCUACAACACAAAAUUCAAUCGCCGGUGCGAAAUCGACCGGAUCCCCAGAGACCCGCACUAGCUCCCCAGAGCAUAUGGAGAGUCCCGAAACGCCAACCGCCACGACGACCGUGAACCGGAAGAAGCAGAAGAGACGGCAGAAGCAGGCUGCCCGCCUCGCUGCGGAGCGACAGUCUAGUAACAUGCCGGCACAGAAUGGUGACGGUGGCCAUGACAUCGUUGCGGACUUUAGUCGAGCAGCGACGCAAGGACAGCACGCGGCCUUUGACAAUGAUGAUUUGGACUAUACAGAUGAUGAGACUCAUUAUUCUACACAGGGCCAACGUGGACUUCAGCACGAUAAAAACGGUGUGCUCCAUCAAUCUCAAGAGCCCUCCAAGCGAAAAGGCAAAAAGAAGAAAAAUAGAAAGAGCCGCUCUCAGUCUCAUCAAGCCGAGGGGAGCUCUACGUCCAUGUCUACCCCGUCCGCGUCGCUCGCCCGCCCUGUCACCCUGCCACCUUUGUCCAGUUCCGCAUACCGAUCUGCACACAAAGUGACCAAAGACCGCAUCUGGAAUACAUCGACCCACGAAGAACGGGAACGAAUCAAAGAGUUCUGGCUUCAACUCGGUGAGGAGGAGCGCCGAUCGUUGGUCAAAGUAGAAAAGGAAGCUGUAUUGCGAAAAAUGAAGGAACAACAGAAGCAUUCCUGUAGUUGUACAGUUUGUGGGAGAAAACGAACCGCAAUUGAGGAGGAACUAGAGGUCCUUUAUGAUGCAUACUAUGAAGAGCUUGAGCAAUAUGCGAACCAUAAACAAGGAUCGUUCGAAAAUGGUGCGCCCAUUGGAGCACCCCCGCGGCUCUACCAACCCCCUCUUCGAACUCUCGAUCGACAUUCUCAUCAUCCCGUCGCCCAACAUCCGUCGAGAGGUAGAGUCCAAGAACUCCCUGACGACGAUGAAGACUUAGAUGAUGAUUACGAUGAGGACGAUGAGGAUGACGAGCCGUAUAGCGAGGAUGAAUUGGAGGAUGCAGCCAGAACAACGCGCGCCGAUUUCUUCGCAUUUGGGAAUAGCUUAACUGUGAAAGAUGGAAUUCUUACAGUAGCUGAUGACCUUCUCAAAAAUGACGGGAAGCAUUUUAUUGAUAUGAUGGAGCAAUUAGCUGAGCGGCGAAUGCAACGUGAAGAAGACACGCAGUAUGCAGCUGCGUCCGCAGCCCAUCAGUCCAUGCAUGCAGGUCAUAAUCAUGGUCCACCUUUGGAUGAAGAAGAAUAUGAUGAUGAAGAAGAGGAAGAUUAUGAUAGUCAAGAUGAUGAAGAAUAUGAGGAAGAUGAAAUGGAUGCAAUGACAGAGGAACAACGGAUGGAAGAAGGAAGGAGGAUGUUUCAAAUAUUUGCAGCACGAAUGUUUGAACAACGAGUCCUGACGGCGUAUAGAGAGAAGAUUGCUCGUGAACGUCAAGAGCGGCUCAUCGAAGAAUUAGAAGAAGAGAAUCGGCUUGAUGUGGAACGUGAGGCAAAGAAAGCCCGCGAGGCUCAAAAAAGAAAAGACAAGAAGAAACUCCAGAAGCAAGCCAAAGAAGAGGAGAGAGCAAAACGGGAGGCCGAGCGGGCUGCAGAGGAAGCUGCCCAAAAGGCGUUAGAGGAGAAGCGACUAGAGGAGCAGCGGCGGAAGAAGGAAGAGCAACGAAAGAAACGUGAGGCUGAAAAGAAAGCUCAAGAGGAAGAACGACAACGGAAAGAAGCGGAACGACAAAAGCGACUUAAAGAAGAGCGUGAACGUCAGGCCGAGUUCGAACGAAAGCAGCGGGAGCAGAAAGAGCGGGAGAAGAAGAAGCGCGAGGAAGCGAAAAAGAGAGAACGAGAAGAGAAAGAGGCCAAAGAAAGGGAGUUACGCGAAAAGAAGAUCAAGGAAGAGCGCGAACGAAGGGAACGAGAAGAAAAAGCCAGGCAAGAAAAGGAGGCUGCUGCCAAAGCCGAACGUGAAAGCAGAGAGAAAGCUAAGCGUGAAGAGCAAGCUGCGCAGCAAGCGGCUGCCCAAGCAGCCGCAGUUCAGGCCGCCAAACGUGCUUCUCAGUCUGGCCCGACGCAUCUUCCUCCAGGACUACAACACCCCCAAGGUCCGUCAGCUCUUCAAUCUCCACAUUUCCAAGUCGCCACCCCGGUUGUUCCAAAGGCUCCUACACCAAUACGUCCACGACAGCCUUCGCAGCAAGGUUCUCACGCGUCAUCUCCGCGGUCCCAACCUGCACACGUAGAUAUCUCGCAGACUUCGUCUUUAUCACCUGGAUCAGUAAGCACUACGAUACCGGGAAAAGGAGUAUCUCAGGCUCCGCUCCUCCAUCAUCCACAGCCGUCUGCUCCGCUCUCUCCAUUAGGUGGCGUUGGCCGUGGUUCUCAUACGCUCGGUUUCAGCCCUAUGCAAUCAUUGAAUGGGUUGCCUACUAAUCCCGGUACAAUUCCAGCGAUGGGACCUCGCAUGCCUAUGGCCCAUGACAUGUCGAUGUACACAAAUCACUCUGGGCCUCUUGGAGGACAAUAUCGUGGGUUUGCCUCUCCAGACAGUAUCCCUCUCCCUCCAGGAAUCACAGGACCACGACAUCUUGGUCAAGGUCGUGGAUUUCAAAUGGAAGUAGGGCAUACAUCCCUCCCGUUCCAUCCACAACCCAAUGCAGCUGGCCCGAUAUCUGCAGCGGCCCCACAAUCGUCACAAAACUCUGGAGCUUCCUUGACACAUACUAGACAGCCCUCUAUAUCCUUUGAAAGAAACCAGCAUGAAACCCAACCUCAAAGCCAACCCAUUUCCCGACCAGCUCCUAUUCAACGACCCGCUAGUACAGUGCCACACGACCAGCAUAAAGAUGAAUCGAAAACGAACCAACAAGAGAUUGAUGAGCUCAGCACUCAAUUGGGUAGCAGUGCAUUGCUUGAUGACAGUGACAUCCCUCUCACAGCACCCCCAUCACAACCCCUGUCUUCGGCCCUCCCGCCGGGUCUUCCUGGCGCUGGAAGAAUCGGAUUUGCAGGCCCGUCGUUAUUCUCUGAUCACCUUGGUUCUUCUAAGCCACAUUUCUCCUUAGGAGCACCGGGAUCGGGAGCGGGUUGGGCACACAAUCCAUUUGGGUCUCCCGGGUUUCCAGCAGCUCCAUCUUGGGGGCCGAGCUCAGGGGCUGGAUGGCCAACCAAUGCUUUUGGCAUCCUUGGCGGAUCUCAUCGUGCGCACACAUCACGGCCUGUUGCAAUCCGACUAUCAGUAAUCCAAGCUUGCAAGCAGCUAAAUACGACUAGCGGCACCGAUAGUUCCGGGUAUCACAAUGUGAAUCAAAUUCUUCGUCAAGUGGAGCAGUUAAAUUCUCCGAAUGAAUCGCAAAUUGGUCUUGACGAGAUGCUCGAUAUAUGUGACACGGAAGGCAAUCCUCAAAACGGCGGAGGCUCUUUUAUCAUCAAGAAUGAAGGGCCUAAGGGCACAUUCGUCAAGUUCGAACCGGAUAAUAACAGCAUAUCGUCGAGUACUCGAGGAAGUGUAGUACCCGGAGACAUUGGUAGUCCUGUGCCAGGUUCCAGUUUACCUACUCCAGGAAGUGGCUCGAGACAGUUUGCUACCACGAAUAUCUCUCCCACUACGGGAUUUUAGAGCUAUGGGUUCGAAGCUGGCCAGGGAGCUUAUCUCUUCUCACCCCUAGUGUCGGCUGUUAAACUCCUAUCCUUAUCGUCAUGACCCUCUAAUGUCUUUACCAUGUUUGCAUGAACAACCACUGUCAUCAGAUGUCCUUUAUCCCCUACUUUCAAACGUCACCUCUUUACUUUUUCCUGGUUGUUCGAACUUUCAGGCGUUUUUUAUUCUACUUCACUGCCUGUGUUUGAACAUUCUAUUGCCUUGCCUUUUUUUCGAGCUAGGUGCUACUAUUGUGUUUUCCGUUUCUCUUAUACAUGUUAGUUUUUAAGUUGCUGCUUGGAAUACAAGCUUUUCAUGUAGUGUAUUGCAGCAAGGAAGGCAGGCAUUCUGGCAGGCAGGCAUGGCAUGGCAAUGACAGCUGGCUAGCUGUUCAUGGGUACCUUCUUUGUUUUGUGGUCCCGUACUUUUCAAACUCAUGCAUAGGAUGCAGAGAAAUGAAAUUGAACGUUGUUCGACAGCCAAUUAUCAUUCUAUUAGCCAUCUCCAAUUACAGUCAAGGGUCACAGUCCGGAAGGUAUCACAUGUAUUAAAUACUAAGCUAAUUCAUACUCC